AUGGCGUCAUUUCGCUGCUUCCCAUCCUUCCAGCUUAUUGGGCCUUCCGACAUAGAAUGUAUUGGUUCGCCAAACGGAAGCAGCAAUAAGCCAUAUUGGAAUGAGCCGGUUCCUACCUGUAUCCUGAAGACAACUACGUGGCAAACCGUGAACACGUCUUCGCAUUCAUCGGUAACUGACAUGGAUGGUAUUACGAUAACAAGCUCUUCAAACCGAUCAAAGAACGGGACGAGUGAAGGUGAUGAGGGUACAAUCUGGAUCAUAGCAGGAUCGGCAGUAGCAGGGCUUUGCUUCAUGGUAUCGCUAAUCUGUGUUGUCGUGAAAUGUAUCAAAUGGAAACGGAGACACAAUUUAACUGCACAAGACGCAGCAUGGACUCAGCCUAAAAGCCUAGGGCAAAGGAUAAAUGUUUCAGCAUCAUCCCUUUCCCUAACAAGUUCAAAGUCUACUGAGGUACGCGAUGAAUGCACGAGCAGUAGCUACAUCUCACGACCAACAGUUGUGAAGCCCCAAGAUCCAGAGUCUCGAAAAAGAAUAAAACCAAAUGACCACUCGCCUCAGAAUCUUCCAGAGAGAAUAAGGCCAAACGACCCCUCAAACGACCCCUCCCUUCAAGAUCUUCCAGGAAGAUUAAAGCUCAGGGACCCCUACCCUCGCGAUGCUCAAGAAAUUAUAAAAACCCAAGACACUGAAUCUCAAAGAACAAUAUCGCUUGACAACGAAGACCACAUUUACUACAACGCCAAGACUUCACGUUCGCUAACAAAGAGGUUGAGCUCACCAUACUACUUUAUCAAAUCUAAACGACUAAGCAGAAAUGUUCCUCAAUUAGAAGAAGACUAUAUAAACUUUAUGCCGAAGAGAGGGCGAGUUAACAUGAAUGACAAACAACAACAACAGCAUCAGCAGCAACAACAACAGCAACAACGAUUGAAAUAAAAUCGCGCUACAUCCAUGCUCUGGUAUCAGAUUUUGGAAGAGGAGUCAAAUUCAAGAGCCUAUACUAGAUGUACGUGAUG